ACGGAAAGGUCAAGGUCAUUUUGACAAGUUGGUUGACGUUUCAAGUUAAAAUUUCGUUUUGAGCAGAUCUGUUGAUUUUAGUUUUUAAUAUAUCGAGCAUUUUGAAAGUUUAUAGUGACUCUAUCCGUCAUAAUGUCGAUCACUGUUAAGACAGUGCCAACAAAGCCAUUUGAUGGCCAAAAACCUGGUACAAGUGGGUUAAGAAAAUCUGUCAAAGUUUAUCAGCAACCUUCUUACACAGAAAAUUUUAUACAAGCAACCCUGAGUGCUGCAGUUGGUGCCAGUUUAAAGGGCAGUACCCUGGUAGUUGGUGGAGAUGGGAGAUACUUUGGAAAAGAAGCAACUGAUCUUAUAAUUAAAAUGUGUGCAGCAAAUGGAGUUUCUAAGCUCCUGAUUGGUCAGAAUGGUAUUUUUUCAACUCCUGCAGUGUCUUGCAUUAUUCGUAAAUACAAGACAAAUGGCGGCAUCAUUCUAACAGCCAGUCACAACCCUGGAGGCCCAGAUGGAGAUUUUGGAAUAAAAUACAACAUAUCUAAUGGAGGGCCUGCACCAGAAAGUGUUACAGAUGCAAUAUUUAAAUACACCACAACGAUCAAAGAAUACCUCAUCUGUCCUGACCUGAAGGCUGAUAUAUCCAAACUUGGAACCCAGACCUUCAAAGUGGGAGGGAACACUUUUACUGUAGAAAUCAUGGACCCAGUAGCUGACUAUGUGGCCUACAUGAAAGAAAUCUUCAAUUUCAGUUCCAUUAAAAGCCAUGUUUCCGGACCAGAUGGACAACGAUUAAAUAUUUUAAUAAAUUCAAUGCAUGGAGUUAUGGGUCCCUAUGCUAAGAAAGUGUUUGUUGAGGAGCUAGGUUGUCCUGCAUCCAGUAUGGUGAAUGCCGUUCCUCUGCCAGACUUUGGUGGCCAUCAUCCCGAUCCUAAUCUCACAUACGCCGCUGACCUUGUGAAUGAUUUGAAGAAAGGUCAUCAUGGCUUUGGAGCUGCUUUUGAUGGAGAUGGGGAUAGGAAUAUGAUUCUAGGUCACAAUGCUUUCUUUGUUACACCAAAUGAUUCCUUAGCAGUUAUUGCAAACAACCUGGAAUGCAUUCCAUACUUUCAAAAGAAUGGGGUCAAAGGUUAUGCACGGAGUAUGCCUACAGCAGGUGCUGUUGACAGAGUUGCAAAAGCUAAAGGAAUGGAGUGCUUUGAAGUUCCAACUGGGUGGAAAUUCUUUGGAAACCUAAUGGAUGCUGGGCGCUUGUCUCUCUGUGGGGAGGAAAGCUUUGGAACAGGAUCCAAUCACAUCAGGGAGAAGGAUGGACUGUGGGCAGUGCUGGCCUGGCUUUCCAUUCUAGCCCAUACAAAGAAGUCUGUAGAACAAACACUUGUUGACCACUGGAAGCAAUAUGGCAGGAACUUUUUCACCAGGUAUGAUUAUGAGAACUGUGAUUCUAGUCCAGCUAACAAAAUGAUGUCAGAUUUGAACUCACUUGUGGCUGAUCCAUCACUAGUUGGCAAGGUUUACAGUUCCGGCAACAAGUCGUACAAGGUGGCCAAGGCAGAUAACUUCAACUAUACAGAUCCCAUAGACAAGAGUGUCAGUAAGAAUCAGGGUAUUAGAAUAAUCUUUGAUGAUGAUUCCCGCAUCAUUUUCCGUCUUAGUGGAACAGGAAGUAGUGGUGCCACCAUCAGGUUGUACAUAGAAGGAUAUGAAUCUGACGAAAGCAAAUACUUGAUGAGUGCUCAGGAUGUGUUGAAACCUCUGAUAGACAUUGCAUUGAAAAUAUCACACCUCGUGGAGCUCACAGGCCGAACAGCACCGACAGUCAUCACAUAGGAUUGUAUUCAUAGGAUUGUCUUCUUUGUUAGAUCCUACACAGUGUUGCUAUGUUUUUCACAACAGACAAUUGUACCGAUUAUUGUCAGGAUAAAACCUUCAUGUUUAGUCCUUGCUUCUCCCAAUGUUAAGUAGCCUGUGGCCUGAAAGUCACUGAUCCCAUUUCCUGUGUUUCAUACCGUUCUUGUUUUACAUAAAAUGCAUGUUGAGAUACUACAGAGACCAGAAUGACAAGAACAUAUCGGUUUUGACAAAAUUAAAUAUAUAAGCAUGAGGUCAUAAGUAAUGUAAUUUUGUAUGUAAAAAAAAAAAACCCGUGGUAUGUGUAAAUCCUGUCUGUGGGAUGGUGCAUAUAAAUGAUCCUUUGCUA